AUGGCAGCGCUGCGAAGGGCAAGGCCAAGAAAAAGAACAAGGCCAAUCCCAAGGAGCGUCGGAGGCAGAAGCGCAAAGCUGAGGCGAUCGAAGCCAAGCAGUUGCUGCCUUCGCACUUCGAGACUGCUGGCCAUUCGCAUCUGGCGCUGCAGCGUGAUCUCAUCAGUGACCUCAAUGCCUUGCACACCUUGUUGGUCGAGCUGCAGACUGCGUGCAAGUGGUACACUGAGAAUGCGCCGAGCUGGGUGCGGAAGAAGGCGCCGUUCCCCUUCCCGCAUUUUCCAUCGUCUCCGAGCGUGUGGUAUUCGGCGAAGACUCAGAAGGAUGCCCGCAGCAUUAUGUCUGGUCUCAUCGCUGAGGUCCACGGGGCGAGCAAUCUGGCGAAGCGUGGCUACGAGUUGUGCGUGUACUACCACAAGAUGA